AAACAGGUUCCCCGCCGAGAGCUUCCACUCUCAGAGCACGAGCCCCAAGUGAAGCCCCAUUCUAUAUGGUAUCAGUGCGCAAUAUAUAUAGUUUUUUUGAAACCGAAAUCGCGCUUGGCUGGUCAAGCGGGCGGCUAUCGGAGCUGGUGCCCGCCAGUUGAGCGACAAAAGCGGCGGCGACAACAACGCCGAAAGUGAAUCUUUAAACAGCCCACAGCCUUAAUCGCCAGGGAAGUUCGUGAAAAACCCAACAACAACGACAACAACAUGUUGCUGACCCUGAUAGCUGGCACUCUGAUCUUGCUCCUGACCUGGGACUUUGCCCGCAAGCGCCAGCGCGUUGCCACAUUGGAGAGUUCCAAGAUCACGGGGCCGCUGUCGCUGCCGAUCCUCGGCUGUGGCCUGCAAGCCCUCCACCUGGGGGCCGAGAACAUCAUCCAGUGGGUGGGGGAGCAGUUUGAGCGGUAUGGCAAGACCUUUCGGAUGUGGGUACUCGGGGAGUCCCUGAUCUACACCAAGGACCUCCGGCAGUUUGAACACAUCCUGGGCAGUACCACCCUGCUGGAGAAGGGGCAGCUGUACAAGUUCCUGCGACCCUUCCUCAACGACGGCCUGCUCCUCAGCACGGGCAGGAAGUGGCACUCGCGGCGGAAGGCCUUCACCCACGCCUUCCACUUCACCGUCCUGGAGCACUACGUGGAGAUCAUGGACCGGAGCAGUGGGAUAAUGGUGGAGAAGCUCCGCCCAGUGGCGGAUGGGAAGACACCGGUGGACAUGCUCAAGUUCGUGUCCUUGGCGGCGCUGGAUGUGAUCACAGAGGCUGCCAUGGGCGUGCAGGUGAAUGCCCAAAACGACCCCGACUUCCCCUACAUCAAGGCGCUCAAGAGUGUGGUCUACAUCCAGCCCAAUCGGAUGCUCAAGUUCUCGCAGCGCUUCGACUGGCUGUUUCCCCUGGCGGCGCCCCUGCUCUAUCGGAAGCUGCUGGACGACAUCCGCGUCAUGCACCACUUCACCGACAAGGUCAUCCGGGAGAGGCGAUCCACUGUGGAGCGGGCGAUAGCCGACGGCAGCUACAGGCCACUGAGUCUGGGUGAUGCGGAGAUCGGGCGUAAGUCGCAGAUGGCUCUGCUGGACAUCCUCCUGCAGGUCUCCAUUAACGGCGAGUCCCUGACGGACGCCGACAUCCGCGAGGAGGUGGACACGUUUAUGUUCGAGGGCGACGACACCACCAGCAGCGGGGUAUCCCACGCCCUGUACGCCAUCGCCCGCCACCCGGAGGUGCAGCAGCGCAUCUACGAGGAGUUGCUGGACGUCCUGGGUCCGGACCCCGAGUCUCCGGUCACCCAGGCCCUGCUGCAGAACCUCAAGUACCUGGACUGCGUCAUCAAGGAGACCAUGCGCCUCUAUCCGGCCGUGCCCGCCAUCGGCAGACACACCCAGCGGGAGAUCAAGGUCGGCGAGCAGACAAUCCCGGCCGACACGAGCAUCUACCUGGUGCUCUACUUCGCCCACCGGGAUCCGGACCACUUUCCCGAUCCCCUGAGCUUCAAGCCCGAGCGCUUCCUGGAGGGGCAGGAGGAGGCCCACGAGACCUUCGCCUAUGUGCCCUUCAGCGCCGGGCCGAAGAACUGCAUCGGCCAGAAGUUUGCCGUCCUCGAGAUGAAGGCGAUGAUCAGCAAGGUGCUGAGGAGCUACGAGCUGCUACCCCUGGGCGAGGACCUAAAGCCCAUGAUGAACUUUAUUCUGCGCUCCUCUUCGGGCAUCAAUGUGGGGUUGAGGCCGAGGGUUUGAUAAGAGGGG